AUGUCGGAGUCCUCAGACAAAUGUGAGUCCCCUCGGACAAGUCGCAGAGAUACACAUGACGCUAACAAUUCUAUCAGUGAUGUCAAUCAAGUGGUGCCCGUCAAAUGGCUCAACAUUGUGUCUAUCGUCGGUAUCAUCGGUCUCAUCAUCGGUAUUGCGGGAGUCAGUACCGCAAGUGACGACGGAGGCAGCUACCAGCCAAGCAACAUCGUCAAAGCAUCCAUGGCUAUUUUUAUCGCUCUAUUCGUGGUCUAUCAUCUGCUAGCCGCUUUCAUGUACCUCCAGAUGGGUCACCUGAAGGCCUUCCAGAAGAAGUUGUUCCUCGCCAUCAUCCUCUCUACUCCUUUCAUCCUCGUCCGCGUUGUCUACGCAGCGAUCGGCGACUUCACCACUAUCGAGCGGUUCUCCAUUAUCAGCACUAAUGGAAGCCCCACCAUCUACCUGGUCAUGGAUGUGCUGGAAGAGAUUGUUGCCAUGGCUAUCACAAUGAUUUUGGGCAUGUCGGCUGUGCUUGAGCCUGACUUUGUGCGCCUGACCCCGGCCCAGUUGGACUCUGAGCCGAAGGCUGAGGUCGCGUAA